AUGGGAGAGGUAGACGCUGCUUUUGUUCAGGCACCAGAACACAGGCCAAAAUCCUCCGUGAUCGUGGCUGAAGGCAUCCCUCUAAUUGAUCUCUCUCCCAUAAACUACCAAAUCGAAGACACUAUCCCAGUUUCUUCUAUCCAAAGCUUAAUUAAAGAAAUAGGCAGUGCAUGCAAGGAGUGGGGUUUCUUUCAGGUGAUCAAUCACAAGGUGCCUUUGGCCAAACGAGAGAAGAUUGAAGAGGCUGCAAGGAAGUUUUUUGCACUUAGUUUGGAAGAAAAGCUGAAGGUGAGAAGGGAUGCAGUUAACGUAUUGGGGUACUUUGAAGCAGAGCAUACCAAGAAUGUUAGGGACUGGAAAGAAAUCUAUGAUUUCAAUGUACUGCAACCCACUUUUAUACCAUCUUUAGUUGAUUCAGAUGAUGAGCAAACUGUUUGGUUCAAAUGGGAUAACCGCUGGCCUCACAAUCCUCCAGAGUUCAAAGAAGCAUGCCAAGAAUAUGCACAAGAAGUGGAGAAACUGGCUUAUAAGUUGAUGGAACUUGUUGCUCUGAGCUUAGGUUUAGUGCCAAACAGGUUUCGCAGCUACUUCACACAUAACACCAGCAACAUCCGACUCAAUCAUUAUCCACCUUGCCCCUACCCUCAUAUGGCUCUUGGCCUUGGACGCCACAAGGACACAGGUGUUUUGACUGUGCUUGCUCAAGAUGAAGUUGGUGGUCUAGAAGUUAGGAGAAAAUCAGAUGGAGAGUGGAUUCGAGUCAAGCCCAUUUUCAAUUCCUUCAUCAUUAAUGUUGGUGAUAUGAUCCAGGUUUGGAGCAAUGAUGCUUAUGAGAGUGUAGAGCACAGAGUUGUGGUGAACUCUGAGAAGGAUAGGUUUUCAAUUCCGUUCUUUCUGAAACCAGCACUCUACACUGAUGUGAUGCCCCUUGAAGAGUUGUUAGACGAUAAAAACCCUCCUAAAUAUAGGCCAGUCAACUGGGGCAAGUUCCGCAUUGCAAGAAUGCGUAGUAAUUUUGUCAAAUCCAAUGUUGAAAACCUCCAAAUUUCUCAUUUCAAGUUUCCCAGUAACUGA